GGUCAGUGGCAUGUCCAGGUUCCCCAAGGAGAAAAAAAAUAUGUGAUUCUGCUGUUACCCUAAUUGAUCCUGCACGCAUCUCCUGUAGUCCUGCAUUUGACUCCCAUCAUCCAGGACCUGCACUCGACUCACUUAAUCCUGAUCCUGCUCUCGUCUCUUUUGAUCCUGCACUCGAUUCAGAUGGUCCUGCAAUCGUCUCGGAUGGUCCUGCACUCGACUCAGAUGGUCCUGCAAUCGUCUCGGAUGGUCCUGCACUCGACUCACAUGGUCCUGCAAUCAACUCGGAUGAUCCUGCACUUGACUCAGAUGGUCCUGACUCAGAUGGUCCUGCACUCGACUCAGAUGAUCCUGCACUCGACUCAGAUGAUCCUGCACUCGACUCAGAUGAUCCUGCACUCGACUCAGAUGAUCCUGCACUCGACUCAGAUGAUCCUGCACUCGACUCAGAUGAUCCUGCCUCAGAUGGUCCUGACUCAGAUGGUCCUGCACUCGACUCAGAUGGUCCUGACUCAGAUGGUCCUGACUCAGAUGGUCCUGCACUCGACUCAGAUGAUCCUGACUCAGAUGGUCCUGCACUCGAUCGUCCUGCACUCGAUCGUCCUGCACUCGACUCAGAUGGUCCUGACUCAGAUGGUCCUGCACUCGAUGGUCCUGCACUCGACUCACAUGGUCCUGCACUCAACUCACAUGACCCUGCACUUAUCUCCUGUGAUCCUGGUCCUGCAAUUGACUCACAUGAUCCUGAUCCUGCACUUGUGUCGCCUGAUCCUGAUUCUGCACGCAUUAGUACAAUAUCGGUCUGUGAAGAAAGUCCCCUCUCAUUCAUACCACCAGUCCACCAAACCUCUACAAACACUUCUUGUGCAAAUGGGCAGGAAAGACAAACUGCUACUGUUGAGGAUACAAGAAAACAACAUGAGUUGCUACUUCUUGCUUUAAAACUCAAGCAUGGACUGACUGAUGAAGCUUUAGAAGACACACUUAAAGUGGUCAAUGUUAUAAGUCAGAGGCAUGCUGUGUCAUCUACCAAACAUCACUUUAACAAAACUUUUGAUGACUUGAAAAGAAAUAUUCAGUUUCACUACAUUUGUGAGGGAUGCACCAUUUCUGUAAACAUUGAGGGAGAAAAAGUGGUUUGUCCUAACUGUCAAUAUUCUUGUAGUGUAGCAGAUCACAUGAAAAAGGGGCACUUCUUUAUUGUUUUUCCACUAGAAUCACAAUUAAGGAAUAUUAUGGAACAAGAGGAACUCUUCAGCCAGUUGACUAGGCAUAACAGUGGUGCUCACUCUAGCCCACUGACAGAUAUCACUGAUGGUGAGCUUUACAAGAGGGUUAACAGAAAUGUUGAAGGCCAAUCUGAGCAUCACAUCAAUCUCACACUAACCUUUAGCUGUGAUGGUGUACCUGUAUUUAAGAAAUCUUCUUACAGUAUUUGGCCACUGCUCUAUACAGUCAAUGAAUUG